UGAGCUCAGCCCUCCUCGCUGUCUGUAUCGAUGAAGUUGUUUCAAAGAUGGCGGAUUUCCUGCCGUCCCGCUCCGUCUUAUCUGUAUGUUUCCCUAACUGUCUCCUCACAAGCGGCGAGGUAGAACAGUUGCGGAAAUCUAAGGAGAUAGAUAAGUGUAUUAAUCGAGAUAAGACCUAUGUGAAAAGGCUAGUAAAGAUCCUGUUACUUGGAGCAGGCGAGAGCGGCAAGUCCACUUUCCUCAAGCAGAUGCGCAUUAUCCAUGGGCAGGACUUCGAUCAGAAGGCCAAAGAAGAAUUCAGAGCCAUAAUAUUUAGUAAUGUUAUAAAAGGUAUUCGAGUGUUAGUGGAUGCUCGAGAGAAGCUACACAUCCCAUGGGGCAAACCGUCCAACCAGCAGCACGGAGACACCAUGAUGGCGUUUGACACCCGGUCGGCAAUGGCCCACGGUCACGGCAUGGUAGAACAGAAAGUUUUCCAGCACUACUUGCCAUCCAUUCGGGCCCUGUGGGCCGACGAGGGCAUCCAGAACGCAUAUGACCGCCGGCGAGAGUUCCAGCUGGGGGAGUCAGUCAAGUAUUUCCUGGACAAUUUGGAAAAGCUCGGACAGUCGGACUACCUCCCCAGCCAACAAGACAUCCUCUUAGCCAGAAAGCCAACUAAAGGCAUCCACGAGUACGACUUUGAGAUCAAGAAUGUGCCCUUCAAGAUGGUGGACGUGGGCGGUCAGCGCUCCGAGAGGCGGCGCUGGUUUGAAUGCUUUGACUCGGUCACUUCCAUCCUCUUUCUCGUCUCCUCCUCCGAAUAUGACCAGGUGCUGAUGGAGGACCGGCAGACCAACCGGCUGAGCGAGUCCCUCAACAUCUUUGAGACCAUCGUCAACAACCGGGUGUUCAGCAACGUCUCCAUCAUCCUGUUCCUGAACAAGACGGACCUGCUGGAGGAGAAGGUGAAGCAAGUUUCCAUCAAAGACUACUUCCCCGAGUUCUCGGGCGACCCCACAAGCCUGGCGGACGUCCAACGCUUCCUGGUGGAAUGCUUUCGCAAAAAGCGCCGCGAGCAGCAGCAGAAGCCACUGUACCACCACUUCACCACAGCCAUCAACACUGAGAACAUCCGGCUGGUGUUCCGCGACGUCAAGGACACCAUCCUGCACGAUAACCUCAAGCAGCUGAUGCUGCAGUAAGAGGACUGACCAGGAGGAGGAGGAGGAAUGGAUGAAUGGAUGGGUGGAGGCAAACAGCAAGUGGGUGACAAGGUGCCUUAACCCCCACCACAACCACCGCCAGCCUAUAAAGGGAUCAGCUAGUGUCCUUCCACCCAUGCAUCCUCCUUCCUUGACUUUGACCCGCUCCUCACUUUUGAACUCUGACUGUGUAUUGAAGCCACCACUACUACCGCCAUUCCCCCCACGCUUGCUCUCUGCCUUAUUGAGCUUGUUCACUUGACUCGUAACAGCCACCUUUGGCUCAGAGCCCACCCACCCUCUUACCCUUGAAACCACUGUAAAUGACCUCUAACCCCCAUUCUCUGCCCCGUCCACACUGUGCAGUGGACCUCCUUGACAUCUUUUAUGGUAUUUCCUCCCUAUAUGUCGCUCUAAUUCACAUCUACACACUGUUGUCGUCUAUGCUGCUCUGACCACUGUUGCUAGGGUGGGAGAGGGGGAGGGGCUCAUUUUGAAUUGUUAUUACUGAGUAGCUGUCAAAGCCAGCGACAUCAGUGACUGCUGCCAUGUAGUUGCCUUCCUUUUUCACCACUGCUUACGUUUUGUUUCUGGACUUACAUCUGCUCCCCACUGGCGCUUGCUGAUGACGUCACUGGGCUGGAGUGGGGAUUUCCUCUUAAGGCAGUGGAACAGGAAAGAACAGGGCUCACAUGCACACAUACACACACACACACACACACACACACACACACACACACAGAUAGGAAUUCCUGUUCCAAAGUCCACUUAAUUCUAGUUUUCUAAUCAUUUUGCUUCUCUUUCUAAUAUAUGAAUAUACUGUAUGUACCUAUGCAUUUUUCUUUAACUUAUAUUUUAGAGGGGUUUACACUUUUGUGAAUUUGUGACUGCUGAUGGGAAGGGUAUGAGAGCACAGACACAAACACACAGACCACUUGUAGAAUUAAACACCAUGCUGUAAGGCUAGCUAGCGAAGGGUUUAGAGUUACACAUUGUAUUUAGCUGUUUCUCAGGGCACACUGUCAACCACUUCUUUGCGAUUUGAAGCCAACCAGAACUUCCACAUAAGUCAGAUGACAGAUUUCAAGGUGUCUUUUCCCUGUAAAACAAAGUCUGGCCAUCUUAAACCAGGACCAUAUUUUAUCAUCGAGAUCAACAAGACCUCAUGCCCUCAUUUCCACUCAGUAUUGACAUGUGAUCUGUAUGCACAUUUCUCAUCUGGAUAAUGACCUCUGCUGAGGUCUUCAAAUAACAUAAUAUAGAUACAGAGUAAAUGUUAAAGCAACAUUAUGCAAGAUUUGGCUAUUUUUACCAGAUUUAAUGUUUUCUCUUAUCUGACCUGCUCACUCAAUCCAUGUUUUCCCCUUCUAAGCUCCCCCUUCUGAUGUCCUUCAUGGUGUUUUUCCCUCUGUUAUGAUGUCCAUAGAUGGAUUUGCUAUUUCUUCAGCCUGUGGCUUGGUUUUUAGUUUUUGUGCCCAUUUUGGCACCAUUCUCCACCAGUAUUCGCUGCUGGGUCCCUUCUGCUCUGGGCCCUAAAAAGAAUGACCUGUAUUAUCAGUAAUAGUGUUGAUGCAUUGAUAUGGUCAUCAUCACUUAAAAGCUGCAGCAGGUAAAGGGAAGCUUAUUUGAAUGACUUUAUACACUGCUGGGUAAUUUAAUGUGCAUCAUCAUGUGUUAGCCAAUUUACACUUUGUAUUAAUCAUUUCAGUUUGCAAAUGAACUAGUAACUAAAGCUGUCAGACAAAUGCAGUUGAGUAAAAUACACAAUACAAUACUUGCCACUGAAAUGUAAUGAUGUAAAAGCUGAAAAUAGCAUGAAAUGAAAAUAUUUAAGUAUAGUACAAGUAUCUCAUAUUUGUACUUGGGUACAGUACUUGACUAAAUACACUUGGUUACAUUCCAUUAAUGCCAUCAAGGAACUCCAUGAAUCACAGAGAGUUAAGGCAGAGCAGUUGGAGGACAUCAGAUGGAGAACCAGAAAUCAUUUUCUCCUUAACAUAUGAUCCGGUGUGUGAAUAGUGAAGUAAAUCAUUACUCACUUCUCGCAGAAAAUCGUACCCGCCUGCUGAAGUGACGUACCGAUGGAGCAGAGCGAGAAUGACAGGCAUCUUUCUCCUUAUUACAAGUGGAUGUAGCCUACCAUCACAAUGAUUUUACUGCUCCUUAAGUAGUUCCAUUAUGUGGCUUUAUACCAGAUGUGUCGAGCUGAAUUUUGAGAUAAUGCCCAUAAACGCAGCACAAGAUGGAACCUAAAUAACAGCAUGUGGUACCCUCAUGCAGCUUGUGUGUGGGAACUGUUGGGACAGAUGACAAUGAAGCCAAACUUCUCAUGGGCAGACUCCAGAGAAAUGAUGAAUUAGUGUUAGUGAAACUGCUUUGUAGAACUUUGAUGAAUGAUGUGGUCCAGGUUGAAAAUGGCCAAAUUCAUAUUGAAGCCCUGUGGAAGCUCACAUCUAAACCCUGUCGAAGCCAGCCAGGGAUAAAGCCAGCCUGUGUGUCACUUAAGAACUUAAGCAGUGUUCGUCGUUACAGCUUAUGUGUACAGUUCACAUGUCCUCUGAACCCCUUUUAUAAUGUCUAAUGUACCAGUAUGUAUCCCUCCACCAACCUCACUCUCCUUUCUAACCGCUGGUGUAACUUCCCACACACAUUUGUAUGUAUGACUAUGAGUGUUAUUUUUAUUUUAUUUCUAUGUUUAUUUAAAUCUAAAUGCCUGUCUUGAGGUGAUUUAGGGUCAGGCUUCCAUUACUCGUAUGCUUCCAGAUUAAUUAAACACCAAAGUCCUCCGUGUACCCCAGCAGAAAACUGGCUCCACUGGUCCAUGCUAGCAUGCUUACAGCACAUGAAGAAAUGACAGUUUGGCAUUAUGGCGUUAUUUCAAAACCAUCUAUGUAUUGUGUUGCAGAGAUAUCUACUGAAGUUAGCAUGUCACCCAGCUAGCACUGGUCCUGAAAAGCUCUUUCACCCAGUGGUCCAAAUCUCCUGUGCACAGGGUGUAAGCACCGACACUCCCUCCUGUAGGCUGGCUAGCUGCACGGCUAACUAAGCUUACAAGCUAACAGCAGCCACAGUGAUGCCUGUAGAAACAGAAUACAGUUGGCAGUCAUUAGCAGUUACUCUGGUGAUAUGCUGCCCCCACUUUGUUGGGAGUAUGAAUUCAUACAGGUGGCCAAUUCUUACAUGUUGUGCCUUUAAGAGGGCAUAGUCUUGUGUUUUCAAGAGGAACACAGACAUUCUACAUACAUUGGUGUAGCAAUAUAUUUUUUUACUUGUGUCUCUGAAGUAAGGGUUGUAUUUACUAAUGGCAGCUAAUCGCCAAAAAAAGACUGAAAAAUAGCCUGUUUUAGCUUGAAUUUGCCCCACUUACCACACAAGUGACACUCCCAGCACCCCUCAGCCUCACUCCUCAUUUACACUGGAACCCUUUAGCUUUGAAUUUUGGUUCUCUGUCUCAGUCCUAAUCAGUUGUGAUGCUGCAGCUGAAGGCAGAAAGCUGUUUGUCAUCCAGCUCAGUUUACUGUAGACCUGCGGUGUUGAUAUUUCUGCAACAGUUGGGUUCAGUUUUGAGUAAAUGUAAUGGAAACAAAUCAGACCCUCUGGGGCCCUAAUAGCUGUAGUGAGUGUAGUACUUCAUGACCCUAAGACCAACAUUAGCCUACUGUCACUGUUAGCAUGGAGCAGUGAAGUCACAUGGCUGAUUUUGAUGUGUGUGUGUGUGUGUGUUCCCACCUCUAAAAGAGGAAGAUGACCAACAGGGCGGUCUACCAGAAACUCUGAAUUCCUCAAACUGUACAGUGCCUCAGUCAGACCGUCUGCAAUCUGGAUAAAGCCGCCUGUGUGUGUGUUUGUGACAAACACAAUGCCCUGUCUGCUCAGACAGCCUGAAGCUAAAGCCCAGCAGAGAACGAUCUGUCUAGAUUCAGACUGUUGUGUCACUUCAAGUCAGAAGAAAGCCUGUUGUUGCACAGAACCAGUCACAGCAGAACUGGCCGGUACCCUGAGAUGGCCUUUGUCCAUGCUGAACAAACUUGGAUUUGAUUAUUAGAGCACAGGCGGUAUAUUGUCACACGGGGGCAUGAGCAGAUGUUUGAGCGAUGAUGUCCCACAUGCUGACAGGGGCCGCGUUUAUAAAAACUGUUAGAUUUAUACUUGAACUUCAUUUUAAGGUCUUUUUUCCGACAGUACUUAAAUUCAAUGUAUGAAUCAUGCUGAUCAUAAAAAAACUUUGCAGGUUCUAAGAAUCCUAUUUGUUAACUUUAUACACCUGUACGAUGAAUGUCAAAUCAGCUUAAAUUGACGACACAUCUGCUUUGUGAUUUCCCCUCAUACAAUGCGGCACAAACGAGGGUUUAGUCAGGAAUUACCACUGACAAAAAAAAAACUAAAAGCAAAAGUGUGCUAAAAUCCACAUCCACAAAGUAGAAUGAAAAGCCUUAUUCAGACUGCAUUACACUGCCUUUACAUCUCGCAGUCUUCACACCAUGAUCCAUGCAAACGGUGCACACUGUUGGACAGUCAGCAUUCAUGUUGUUGCUCUUAGAUAUUAACACAAAAAUUUACAGUAUUUGUGUGAUGAAUGGAAAAAAAAGAGACCUCUGACAGAAGUACAAACUCUGCCUACUUUCACACCUCCGAACACCUGACCAGUCACUGCAGAGCGUGGACGUUAAUGUCUUACUGUCUUUGGACAGGCCUGUAUUGUGUUGGCUGCAGCCACUGUGACAGCUCUGGGAGUAGCAUGUGUCCUCUGUCCUGUUGGACUGGUGACGGGUGGCACUCACUGUGUUGUUUGUGAGUCAGUGCAGUCACAUGUUCACCAUCUAUCUCGAUUUCUACUUCCUGUUUUACUCCCCGUGAACAGAAAGACUCUGCCUUUGACUUUGCCUUCUAACAUUUCUGGUUUUGUACACUGCACCCUGUGUAUUCUCUGUGAAUCUGACAUUACUUUCAUGACUGCAACAGUGUAAAUCCAGUAUUCGGAUGGACUUUCUCUGGGUGAAUAUUGAGCAUCGCUUGUAAAUACCUGUGAGAGGAAACCAGUGUCACCUUACAUAGUCUAAACUAUGCCGCAGCACUGCUCCACAGCUGUGACUUGAUGUUAUGUUGUGUUAGAAAUAAUCAUGAUGGGACUGACUAGUGAUUCUCUUAAUGCCAGUCUUUAUUUGUCUUUAAUCAAGUCAGGAAAAAAAAUCUGCAAAUGAUCUGCCAAAUAUACUGAUGUUUAGUGCCUCCUUCUCCAAGCUCUGCCUCUACUGUUCAUUCAUCGAACAAAAGUUUUUAUACUGUGUUUUAGGUUUUUUUAAUGAUGCCACACAAACAGAUUGGUGUCCUGUGAGACGAAGCAUCUCUCUUCCUGUUUUUUUUCAGAUAGACAAGCUUUCAGUGUACAGUCUAACUUAUACUGUCUUACCCUUCUACUCUCAUAAAUAAAUCCAACUGUUUUUUAAAAAGA